AUGGCUACUACGGAUGGUGAAUAUUCAACUUUAUUUCCGCUUACAGAUUGUAUCUAUUUUGAAAAUGGUAAUUGUAUGUUUAAGAAGAAAUGUCACUAUCGUCAUUGUGAAUUAGCUAUGAAGCAACUAGAAGAAUGUUCCAAUUGGCCAGAUUCAUGUCGUAACAAAGAUUGUCCCUAUCGACAUACAAAGAAACCAACUAAAAACAAAAGACCGCCGCUACAAGAAAAAGGUUUCGUGAGUUUCUUUUGGGAUAUUGAAAAUGUUCCUAUACCUAAACAACAAAAACCUUUUGAUAUUGUUCAACGUAUUCGAAAAAAACUAGUUAUCGAUCCUGGUCUACAAGAAGCUGCUUUUUCUUGUUUUUGUAAUAGUAAUACAAUAUCUCAAGCCAAUCAACAAAGUUUACAUAAUGCAACUGUUCGUAUUAUUCAUGUACCUGAUCGAAAACCAGGUGCAAUUGAUCGACAAAUCAUGCUAGAAUUAGAUCGUUUUGAACGUGUUAUUCGUCCACCUGCUACUGUGGUCUUAAUUUCUGGUGAUAUUGAUUUUGUUGGAAAAUUAAAUGAUCUUCGUCAUCAAGCAGGAUUUGAAGUCAUUGUUAUUCAUAAUAAACUAGCUAAAGAAGAAUUAAAAGCAACUGUAAAUGCUCAUUAUUCAUGGGAAUUCUUCACUCAACCAUUACAACAACAGGAACUAAAUCUAAAGAAUUUAUCAAAAAAUUUACCGAUAGUUUCAAAUGAUCAACUAAACAAUAAUACUAAAGUAGAUCGAAUACCUACUCCAAAACUAAGACCGUCACGUUCAAGAACAAAAUUUACUUUCCAUGAUGGAAAUAAUCCUCAUCAAAAUGAUAUUUUUCAUUUAAAACCUCCAUUAAUGUAUCAACGUUUUCGAAGUGCAAGCCAAAAUCCUCAUCCAAAGAAUCAUAGUCGAUCACGAAAGCCACAAGUUUAUGAGCCUGUUAAUCAAGUGCCUAUGUUCUAUGGUGGUAUUACUACUCCUCCAACUAUUUUAAACUCUGUAGUUGCACCACGAGCUCGAAACCGUCAGGUAUCUAGUAAUGAUCGCUUAUAUCGACAAAAUCUUACUAUCAUUGGUUCGUAUGAGCAAAUACCAGCAGCUGUUAAUAAUGAUACAUCAAAAAAAGAACACAAUCCAAUGACAUGUCCUUUAUGCACUAAUGAAUUUGAUACAAUUCAAGCACUUCGUCAGCAUCAAAAGGAUAAAAAACACUUAUUCUAUUGCUCACUUUGCAACGAUGGCUUUCCUGCAUCACAUAGUUUAAAGCAGCAUCAAAUUGCAAAAGGACAUGAUGCUUCAGAGAAUAUAUCCGAUCAAGUCAAACCUCAAUCUAACACAAACAAUGACUCGAAGGUGCAUGGCUUGAUUGCUCAAUUUGAACAAAAAUUCAGAACGUCUAACGAUAAGUAA